AUGAAAAAAGGUAAGAAAGUAAAAGAACCAAUACGUAAAAGUAUUAGUCCUAUUGAAAAUGACGAGGUCUCUUCUGUCGAGGAAGAAGAAAAUGAAAGUUUGCAGGAGGAAACAGAGGAGGAUACAGAAGAGGAAACAGAGGAUACAGGAGAGGAUACAGAAGUAACAAUAACUUCAAAAAAACCUGUUAGUAGGUUUAGACAAAUAGUGGAGGUUUCUAAAUCUGUCAAACUUAGAAGAGAUCCUAGAUUUGAUAGUUUAUCAGGAAAGUUUAAUGAAGAUUUAUUUGAAAAAUCAUAUUCAUUUUUAGAUGAUUAUAAAAAAUCGGAAAUUGAACUCGUAACCAAUCAAAUGAAAAAAGAAAGUGAUAUCAAGGAGAAAUCUAAAUUACAACUAUUAUUAAAUAAAUUAAAAUCAAAAAUUUCUCACGAACAUAAUCUUAAACGUAAAAAAGAGUUAAAACGUGAAAGAAAAAAGAAUGAAUCGGAACUUGUUGCCCAAGGGAAGAAUCCAUAUUAUUAUAAGAAAUCUGAUGAGAAAAAUCUUGAACUUCUUGAUAAGUUUGAUAAAUUACAAAAGUCGGAUCCUAAAGUAUUAGAAAAAGUAAUAGAAAAACGUAGGAAAAAGAAUGCUUCAAAAGAACAUAAACGUGUACCAUUCAAAAGGAGAAAGGUUACUUAG